AUGGCCCGCACCAGACGCUUGGUGAAUGAGUACGUCGAAAAUCAAGUCAUAGUGUUUUGCCAACAGCACUCGUCUCUUCCUAUACUAAAACUGGAGUAUACCGGCAGUGUGUACGAGAGGCUGAAGACUGAAGCCGCCGAUGAAGUAGAUGUCAUGGUAGUUUUGAGAACGAAAAGGAGAGAGAUUGGGGUUAUUGAAUCCGGAAUAUCUGGGUAUGUUUGCCUCAAGGCAAGAGAUGACUCGUUGUUCGGAAAGUAUGCAAGUCGUGAAGUUUAUAUCGACCCUGUACGCCUUUGGGAUGGUUGGUUUUACAGCCUCGUU